AUGGACAAGGCGAAGCCCUUUAAGUUGUUCGUGCCGCCAAGGUUAAGUAGCAGUCAAGUGUCUGCAGUGAAACCUCAGACACUGGCAGGAGAGGCGAAUUUCAAGUCUUUUAACAGGUGUAUUGAAGAUUUUGGUUUUCCAUUUACUGUCACUGAUCUUUCCAAAAAUGGGGAAAAUACGGCUUCAACUUCUGCUUUACAAAAAAUUAGCUUUUUGCCCAUGUCCAUGCUUGAACAGGUUGAUAAUUCUGACAGUCGUCACAACCAGGAAGCACCUAAAGACUCAGAUUUUGAGAAGUCAGAGCCAAUGAGUAUACUGUAUUCAAAACUUUAUAAGGAAGCUGAGAAGAUCAAGAAGUGGAAAGUUAGUGCAGAAUCUGAACUGAAGGAGAAAGAAAAUAAAUUGCAAGAAAACAGAAAGAUAAUUGAAGCCCAACGAAAAGCUAUCCAGGAAUUACAGUUUGAGAAUGAAAAAGUAAGUUUGAAGUUAGAAGAAGGAAUUCAAGAAAACAAGGAAUUAAUUAAAGAGAAUAAUGCUACAAGGCAUUUAUAUAAUGUACUCAAAGAAACCUGCGCCCGAUCUGCAGAUAAAGCCAAGAACUAUGAAUAUGAACGGGAAGAAACUAGGCAAGUUUAUAUGGAGCUAAAUAACAACAUUGAGAAAAUGAUAACAGCUUUUGAGGAACUUCGUGUGCAAGCUGAGAAUUCUAGACUGGAAAUGCAUUUUAAGUUAACUGAAGAUAAUGAAAAAAUCCAACACCUUGAAGAAGAAUAUAAGAAAGAAGUAGAUGACAAGGAAAAUCAGGUAUUACUGCUGUUGACACAAAGCAAUGAAAAAGAAAAUAAAAUGAAAGAUUUAACAUUUCUGUUAGAGGAAUCCAGAGAUAAAGUUAAUCAAUUGGAGGAAAAGACAAAAUUACAGAAUGAAAACUUAAAAGAAUCAAAUGAGAAGCAGGAUCAUUUGACAUCAGAAUUAGAAGAUAUUAAAAUGUCUUUGCAAAGAAGUGUGAGUGCUCAGAAGACUUUAGAGGAAGAUUUGCAGAUAGCAACAACAAAAAUAUCUCAACUCACUGGAGAAAAAGAAACUCAAAUGGAUGAAUUUAAUAAAGCUAAAGUUACUCAUUCAUUUGUGGUUGCUGAACUUAAAACAACUAUCUGCAAUGUGAAAGAAUUAUUGACAACAGAACAGAAAAGAUUGGAAAAAAGUGAAGAUCAAUUGAAAAUACUUACCGUGGAGCUUCAGAAGAAAUCAGAUGAACUGGAAGAGAUGGUUAAGCUUAAGAAUAUCAAAGAAAUAGAAUUUGAAGAACUGAAAACAGUGUUGGCAGAAAACCAAAAGCUUUUAGAUGAAAAGCAACAAUUUGAGAAGAUUGCUGAAGACCUAAAAGAAACAGAACAAGAACUAAAUGCUCUUCUCCAAACCAGAGAGAAAAAAGUACAUGAUUUGGAAAUAAAAUUAACUGCUCUUGAGACAAGUGAACAGCAUUAUUCAAAACAAGUUAAAGAACUGAAAACUGAGCUUGAAAAAGAGAAGCUUAAGAAUACUGAAUUAACUGCAAUCUGGAACAAACUUUCAGUGGAGAACAAAGAACUAGCACAAAAAACAAAUGAAAUGACUACAGAACUCAAGAAACAGCAAAAGGAUAUUAAUGAUAGCAAAAAACAGGAAGAAAGAAUGUUGAAACAAAUAGAAAAUCUGGAAGAAACAGAAAUACAGUUAAGGAAUGAACUGGAAUCUGUGAGAGAAGAAUUAAAACAGAAAGGAGAUGAAGUCAAAUGUAAAUUGGAGAAGAGUGAAGAAAAUUGUAACAGUUUAAGGAAGCAAGUUGAAAAUAAAAGCAAGAACCUUGAAGAACUCCAGCAGGAGAAUAAAGCUUUAAAAAAAAAGGGUACAGCAGAAACCAAACAACUGAAUGCUUACGAGAUAAAGAUCAGUAAAUUAGAAUUAGAACUAGACGAUGCCAAACAAAAAUUUAAAGAUGUGACUGACAGCUAUCAAAAGGAAAUUGAGGACAAGAAGAUAGCAGAAGAAAAUCUUUUGGGAGAGGUUGAAAAAGCAAAAGUAGUAUCUGAUGAAGCAGUGAAAUUACAGAAAGAAAUGGAUAUUCGAUGUCAACAUAAAAUAGCUGAAAUGGUUGCACUUAUGGAAAAACAUAAGUGCCAAUAUGAUAAAAUUGUUGAAGAAAGAGACUUAGAAUUAGGAGUUUAUAAAAACAAAGAACAAGAACAGCUAUCAGUAAAAGCAUCUUUGGAGAAUGAACUGUCAAACCUUAAAGAUGAACUUUUGUCUAUUAAGAAACAACUUGAAAAAGAAAUAGAAGAGAAAGAAAAACUCAAAAAAGAGGCAGAAGAAAAUUCAAUUACUCUCAAAGAAAAAAAAGACAAGAGAACGCAGACAUCUGUAUUGGAAACACCUGAAAUGAGUCAGCAGAAAAUUGAUUCUAAAAUUACUUCUUCACAAAAUACACAGCGAAACCUCACAUCAGCUGGUUAUGGGAGGUCCAAAGAUAAAAGAGACUCUCUCAGGACAUCUGCCAAAAAUAGUUUAUCCUCUCCAUUACCAAAGACAUUUACUGUGAAGACACCAACAAAAGUAGAAAUUCACCAACGAGAUAAGAAGAAUAUACCCGUUGAAGAAAAUAAUAAAAAGAGAAAAAUGGUCUUCGAAUUUGAUCUUAAUUCAGAUAGUUCAGAAACUACUGAUCUUUUGACUAUGGUAUCAGAGGAAGAAACAUUGAAAAAACUAUACAAGAGUAAUAAUCCACCAACUUCUUAUCUUUGUGUCAAAACACCAAAAAAGAACUCUUCAUCUCUGACAACCCCUGGAUCUACUUUGAAGUUUGGAACUAUGAGGAAAAUGCAGGAGGACCGUUGGGCUGUAAUUUCUAAAAUGGAUAGGAAAAAAAAAAUGAAGGAAGCUGAAAAGCUGUUUGCUUAAUUUCAGAAAAUCAAUAUGAUUAAAUGCUAUCAUAAUACAAAAUUUCAUGAUGGCUAUAUUCCUGAUGUCUGUACUUUUGGGGCUUUCGUGUGGCCAAGCAAUGUCUUUCUGUUUCCCAACUGAGUAUACGAUGCACGUAGAAAG